AUGAGUUUUAGGUCCUCAGUUUUGGUACGAAGACGAAUUUAUCUUCACAGGAUUUUUUAUAAUAGUGUUAGAUAUCAUUGCAAAGUUCCUAUUACCCCCGUUGCUUCUCUAGAAAGCGACAACAUCCCAAAGCCAAAUAUAGACAUAAAUACAGUUGCACUUUUGGAGCGAUUAUCUUUAGUUAAAUGUGAUACUGAGCAAGGCGUGAAAGUGUUAGAAGAUUCUAUCGAAUUCGCAAAUAAAAUUCUUCACAUAAACACUGACAAUGUUCAGCCUUUGUAUACAGUCUUAGAAAACGAAAGCUUGAGCUUGCGUAUUGAUGCUGUUACACAAGGAAAUUGCCAAAAAGAUAUAUUAAAAAAUGCAGUUAUAACAGAGGAUGACUACUUUGUUGCACCCCCAGGAAACAUACCCCUACAUGAAAUUGAACAAAAAGAAUCUGAUAUCAAAAGAAAUGAAAACAGAAAUUAG